AUGAGCACUAGAUGCAGUUCUCUUGAGGCAGCUGAUCUUUCCCUGGCGGCACGAUGUCAGACUCUCGAGGAGCAUAAUACUGCGUUAGUACAACGUAUAGACUCCCUUGAGGAACGACUUUCUCGGGAUCCCGAACUCUGCUCUGAUGAUGGUGCUGCUCUUAAAGCUCAAGUCGAGCAUCUUAUGCAGCGUAACCUUGACACACAGAUAGUUGUCACUGGGCUUCUUUCUGCUCCUGAUGUUACCGUUGAGAGGACUAUUGUACUCCUCGCUCGCUCCUUGGGCAUUGUCACCAAGUCUGGCGACGUUGCGGAUGCCUUUCGCCUACCACCCAAGGCUGGAGGUGCACCGCCACUGAUAAUUCGCUUCACUACUAUUUUCAUUCGGGACUCAUGGAUCGCUCAGAAGAAGAAGAAGCCUGUGCUUUUGGCCUCGGAUAUUGACGCGUCUUUACCGGGUUCUCGUGUGUACCUCAAUGAGCGUCUAUCCUCUGUCAAGCACAAACUCCUCGUCGACACCCGCGCCUAUGUGAAGCCUCACCGUCACCUCAGGGUCUGGAUACGCCACGGCUUCAUCUACGUUAGGAAGGACGGCGCCACUACCUCCCAAAAGAUUGAACAGCGGGAUGACUUCGCCAAGAUACCGAUAUGA